AUGUUUUCCAGAGCUACAAAUGAACGCCAAAGGGCGAUCGAAAGUUUGGCUGACAACAUCGGUCAAUUGAGCUUCGACGGAGGUGCCGACCCAGGAAGAUUUAGCUUUGAACCGACAACACCAUCUAAAAAAGGGGAAGAGAUGGGUAGUCCAUCCCCCACAAAGUCCACAAUCCGUGGUAUACACGGUAUGGAUAAUUCAAGACUUUCAAUGAUGGAUAUUGAUGUUAAUACCGAAGGUGAGAUUGAUGUCACACAAUCGCCCAAAAAAUUGCCUGCAGAUUUCCACAAGAAAGCAUCCUCUAGUAACACAAAAAGGCUUGUGAGUGUAUGCCAAAUGUACUUCUUAGAUUACUAUUGUGAUAUGUUUGACUACGUCAUCAGCAGGCGUGAGCGGACGCGACAAGUGAUGAGGUACUUGGAUCAACAGCGCUCACAAGGAGCACCUGCUCCCGAUAUUGCUAACGAAUGGCAAUCGUAUUUGAAUAAGGAGACGGGGAUAUUGAGAAACCGUAGGCUGAAACCUAAAAAUAAAGACUUUGAGAUGAUCACUCAAGUUGGCCAAGGUGGUUAUGGACAAGUGUAUCUUGCUAGAAAGCGUGACACGAGGGAGAUCUGCGCUCUCAAGAUUCUUAACAAAAAGCUUCUCGUCAAAUUGAAUGAAACGAAUCAUGUACUGACCGAAAGAGAUAUAUUGACAACUACGCGUUCUGAAUGGUUGGUGAAACUAUUAUACGCUUUUCAAGAUAAUCUGAGCCUGUAUCUCGCAAUGGAGUUCGUACCUGGGGGAGAUUAUAGGACUUUAUUGAUAAACACAAGAUUCCUACAGGCACCACAUGCCAGAUUUUAUAUUAGCGAGAUGUUCUGUGCUGUUAACGCACUACACGAAUUAGGCUAUACCCAUAGAGACUUGAAGCCUGAGAAUUUUUUGAUAGAUUCUCGCGGUCAUAUAAAAUUGACAGAUUUUGGACUUGCUGCGGGUACUGUAUCUAUGGAAAGAAUAGAAAGUAUGAAGAUUAGACUCGAAGAAGUUAAAAAUUUGGACUUUCCAGAAUAUAAAGAGCGGUCAAUGGAUGAUAGAAGAAGGAUGUACAAUAAACUCAGAGAGUCAGACGUUAAUUAUGCAUCUUCUACUGUGGGUUCACCCGAUUAUAUGGCAUUAGAGGUCUUAGAGGCAAAGAACUAUGACUUCACGGUCGAUUAUUGGUCUCUAGGAUGUAUCUUAUUUGAAAGUUUAGUGGGUUAUACUCCAUUUAGUGGAUCAUCAACUAAUGAAACGUAUGAGAAUUUGAGAUGUUGGAAACAAGUGUUAAGGCGACCAAAAUGCGACAAUGGCCGAUAUGCAUUUUCCGACAGAACCUGGGAACUUAUCACUAGGCUGAUCGCUGAUCCUAUCAAUCGACUAAGGUCUUUUGAGCAUGUAAAGAAGAUGAAAUAUUUCUCAGAAAUAAGCUUCGAAAACUUGAGGAACACAAGUCCACCAUUUAUUCCGCAACUCGAUAAUGAAACGGAUGCCGGCUAUUUUGACGACUUUACGAGUGAGGCUGAUAUGGCCAAAUAUGCUGAUGUUUUCAAGAGACAGGAUAGGCUGACUGCGAUGAUGGAUGAUUCUGCGGUAGUGUCUAAAUUGGUAGGAUUCACUUACAGGCAUAAAAAGGGCAAGAAUGGCUCUAGCGGUGUAUUGUACGAUAAUUCAGGACAAGCAGACCCAUUUGCCACUUUUUAUUGA